UAAUGUUUCUUGAUUUUACAACGAUUUGUGAAGGAAAUAUUGCCAUUGGAAAAUUUAAAUUCACAGAGAUAGUUUCCCAAAGUGACAACAUCGGGACUAUGGCUACUUUUGAACUUUCGCCUUUUAUGACGAAGCGUCGGUGUGCCAAAAUGUGUAUAGACGAGAAAUUAUGUCUGGCAAUUGAGAUCUGUGGACCCAAAAAGAGCGGACAAUGCCGACUUAGUAAUGGUUCUAGAAGUUAUUUUACGGCUAUUUCUGGUUCAAGCUGCAAGCGGUUUCAAAGGAGAAACCCAGAAACUGGAAAUGGAAGUAUUCUAGAAUCAACAACUCCAAAUUUUAGUCAAGAGGAAGCAUGCUCAGAUUGCGACUGCCUAUCUAGCUUUGAAACCACUUCCGGAAUUUAUAACGUCACAAUGAAGGGCCAGCAUGUCAAAGUGUAUUGUUCUUUAGAAGGAAAUUUGGCGUGGACGGUUUUUCAGAGAAUGCUUGGCGGAUCAGAAGAUUUUAGUAGGCCUUGGUCAGACUAUGUCAGAGGUUUUGGGGAUUUGUUGCAAGAAUUUUGGCUAGGGAGUGAAAUUCUUCAUGUGUUGACGACAAGUGGUAACAGUAUAUUGCGAGUAGACAUGGUUGAUCAUAAUGGGAGAAUUACUUACGCUGAAUACAGUACCUUCUUGGUUGCAAAUGCCAGCACCAACUACACAAUUACAGCAUAUGGUUACUCAGGGACGGCAGGUGAUGGCGAAGGAGCUACCUGGGACACAUGGACACAGAUAACUAAAUAUUUGAGAAAAUCAGAAAUGAAGGUCAGGAGAGACAAAUGAUCGACCAAACGGGAAAGAGAGACAGUAGAUAGGUUAACUUUGUUUGCAUCAAAAUUGGCUGCGUUGCUUGAAAAAAUUAAGUAAUAAAACGAAGAAAACAA